UCAAGCUCAAAACUAACUUAAUGGCUUUACGGUUUGUACUCGUUGUAAUUUAGCUUAUUGAACUGGUUAGGUGACGCUGGCAUCGCAGAAAUUAUAUUAUCCUCCCACGCAUAACCAGGUGUGGUGCGUGCGUUGCCCUCGUGGAAAGCACGGGGACGAUCUUAAGCCCUAGGUUUUGUUGCUUUCGAUUUGCAGAGAGAUGGAUCAAUGGAAGCCCGAGGGUUUCUGUCAAUCUGUUCCAGCAGAUCUUGCUGUUACAGAUUUUCAACAGUCUUCUGCAGAUCUAUGCGUGCCCUCUAAUCGAUUACAGAGCUCGCAGCCCGAUUCAAGCCAAAGGGCUGAAGUAGAAGUCAAGGAUUCUGUUGCUGCAAGGAAAGUUCAGAAGGCUGACCGAGAGAAAUUGAGGAGGGACCGGUUGAAUGAACAGUUUCUUGAAUUGGGACAUGCACUGGACCCUGAUAGGCCCAAGAAUGACAAGGCAACCAUUCUAACUGAUACAAUACAAAUGCUGAAAGAUUUGACUACUCAAGUCAACAAACUGAAAUCGGAGUAUGCAACACUCUCAGAAGAAUCACGGGAGUUAACACAGGAGAAGAAUGAACUCAGAGAAGAGAAGGCAUCUCUAAAAUCUGAUAUUGAAAACCUUAAUAUUCAGUAUCAACAGAGACUCAGGGUUAUGUUUCCAUGGGCUGCUAUGGACCCUUCAGUUGUCAUGGCUCCACCUUCAUAUCCAUAUGCAAUGCCAGUUCCUGUUCCUCCAGGCCCCAUUCCCAUGCACCCAUCCCUGCAGCCAUUCCCUUUCUUUAGAAACCAGAAUCCUGGUGCCAUUCCUAAUCAUUGUUCAACUUUUAUCCCAUAUUCAUCACCUGCUAAUCCUCAGGGUGAACAGCCAUCUACACAAUAUGUGCCCCCAAAUGUGCAGCCAAGCAACAGGUCCCACACUUCAAGCAAACAAGAUUCCAAAAGCAAGUCUUUGGACCGCCAGAGGGGCUGCAAUAUUGAAAAAAGUGAUGAUUCUAAUGAUGUAGCGACAGAACUUGAACUCAAGACACCUGGUUCUGCAGCAGACCAGGAGUUGUCAUCUGGGCAACGGAAAGGCAAACAGUCACAAAGGAAGGAAAACAGUGUUGUAGACGGUAGCUGCUCAAGCAGGUGUUCUUCAUCUAAGGUUGCACAAGAUAGCUCCUCCAAUAGCGUGGGUGAUGGUCCGAAGGCAGAUAAUUGAAGGACCUUCAGGUUUUUCCCAGCAUCAGCAUUUCUUUUAACAAACUCCAGCUGCUAACCUCAUGUAGCAUUUUGUGCCUUUAAACUUAGCUGAAGCUAUUAUCUCAGAUUCAAGUUUCAGCAUGUCAUCUGAUGUGCCUGUUAGCAAAAUUUACUGUAAUACAUGAAAGAGGGGUACAGGAAACGACAAUUAGUUUUCCUGUUUUAUUUGUGUGCGAGAGGGCUACAGAAAAGAUGGUUGGACUCACCAUUUGACUAAUCUAACUUAGAAUCUCAUACAUCAAAAAGUCCGAAGUGGUUGGGUGAACCUUACUAUAUAUUUUAAUGUUCUCCUAGGUCAGAGAAAAGUAGUAUGGCUUUGUUUUCUACUUGCUUGCCAGACUGGAUGACUAUAAAUAUUCAACUUGGUCACUUUAAGAAUUAGGAUCUUCUUGUCCAUGUAACAUAUGCACUGGACCAGCAGCAGGUACUGCUCAUGGUUAACCUAGUGUGACUGGGCACCAUGUUGUCUGUCCUGACUUUUUCAAGCCACUGUUAGUUAAGGAGAAAGGGUAGUGGUUGGAUUAAUUUGUUUGUAAUCUUUGAGAUGUGGAUGGAAGGAUGAAGGAAUCUGGUGCUUGAUUAGAUGAUGAAACAGAGACUACAAUGGUUACUCAUUUUGCCACUAAAGGUGUUCCUAGAUGAAGUAAUACAUAUUUGUACUUUUUGUACA